AAAAUGACGAAUACAAAGGGAAAGAGGAGAGGUACCCAAUACAUGUUCUCUGGGCCUUUUAGAAAACAUGGAGUUGUUCCUUUGGCCACAUGCACGCUAAUCUACAAGAAAGGUGAUAUUGCAGACAUCAAGGGAAUGGGUACUGUUCAAAAAGGCAUGCCCCACAAAUGUUACCAAGGUAAAACUGGAAGAGUCUACGAUGUUACCCAGCAUGCUGUUGGAAUUGUUGUAAACGAAGUUAAGGGCAAGAUUCUUGCCAAGAGGAUUAAUGUGCGUAUUGAGCACAUUAAGCACUCUACGAGCCGAGAUAGCUUCCUGAAAAGUGUGAAGGAAAAUGAUCAGAAAAAGAAGGAAGCCAAAGAGAAAGGUACCUGGGUUCAGCUGAAGCGCCAGCCUGCUCCACCCAGAGAAGCACACUUUGUGAGAACCAAUGGAAAGGAGCCCGAGCUGCUGGAACCUAUUCCCUAUGAAUUCAUGGCAUAAUAGGUGU